AUUCCGAACCCUUAAACCCUAGGGUUUAAGAACCGGCUUUUGCCGCGAGCAAUGCCUCAGUUCAAAAUCCGUACGUUACUCUACAUAUCCGUAUAUAUAAACCCACAUUUUCUCUCCUAAAACUAUUAUGAAAUCUCUUUUAAGAACCCUAAUUAUAUUCCUUAAACAUGGUGGGUUUUUUGCAUAAUGAUCCCAUAAUAGGUAAUAAUGACCUUGAACAAGACAUCAAGAAUCAAACUUCUUCAGAGCUUAAGCAGGAAACUGACCCAUUUGACAUAUUUACCCCUGACCUAGACGAGUUCUCUUGCUCUUUUGCUGAUUCUUUUCUUGAUUUUGAUUCCUUAAAGGAUUUUCUUGCUGAGAGCCCCACAGUAGAUAGUAUGGCUGAUGUGAAACAAGACCCAUUUGAGGUUUGUAAUGAAGAAGCUGUUUUUGGCACUGUUAAUGGAUGUAAUGAGGUGGGUGUUGGUGAAAUUUGUGAAAAGGUUGAAAUUUUUGACGCCAUUGACAGAGAAAAUGAGGUGGGUAUUGGUGGGAUUUGUGAGGAAGUUGAAGUUUUUGACAGAAAUGAUAAGGUGGUUAUUGGUGGAAUUUCUGAGAAAGUUAAAGUUUCUGGCGCCGUUGUAAGGGAUAAUGAGGUGGGUAUUGGUGGAAAUUGUGAGAAAGCUGACUUUUUUGACACUGUUGACAGGGAUAAUGAGGUGGGUAUUAGUGGAAUUUGUAAGGAAGUUGAAGUUUUUGACGCUGUUGACGGAGAUGGUGAUGUGGGUAUUGAUGGUAUUUGUGGGAAAAUUGAAGUUGAAAAGGAAGGGGAUGUAGAGGGUUGUGAAAAAUUGAAUUAUUUGAAUCUUGAAAAGAGUAAAAUGGGGGUAAUUGAGAAGAUGGGUAAAGUUAGUAUAAAUAGUAGUGGUAGUGAUAUUGUUAGGGAGAGUGAAAAUAUUAGUAGGGAUGAGGAAAAAAAUGUGACAAGUGAGAAGAAAAACACAGGAAAGAGUGAUGUGUCAAAAGGUGGUGAUAGUGAUUCUGAGUCUGAUAUAGAGAGUUCAUCUUGUUCAUCGUUGUCCGAGUUCACGAGUAGUGAUGAGGGAGGAAAAAGAAGAGAGGAUAGAAAGGGAUGGGGAAUCAAAGGGGCGAUGGAAUUGGAAGAAGGUGAGAUACAAACAUCUGAUGUAGAUGUAGAUGAGAUGGUUGCUUGGAGCGAAGAUGAGGAGGAGGAUUCAGGUGUUAAAGGACCCAUCAGGUCUAAGAACGAGCUUCCGGUUCUUCCCCCGGUUCCGAUAGUGAAUGCAACUUUGCUACCGCAUCACCAGACCCUGCCUGUUGGAGUUGUUUCAGCGAUUCUUGGUGCCCAAGUUGUUGUAGAAGGGGUGGAGAAGCAUAAUCCUCUUAGUGAUGGUUCUAUUCUUUGGAUAACAGAAAGCAGAUCCCCACUGGGUAUAGUGGACGAGAUUUUUGGGCCUGUCAAGAACCCCUACUACAUUGUAAGAUACAAUAGUGAGAGCGAAGUCCCCGCUGAAAUCAACCAAGGCACUUUGAUCUCUUUUGUCCCGGAAUUUGCAAAUCAUGUCCUUAACGAUGGAAGUCUUUACAAGAAAGGGUAUGAUGCAUCUGGUGAAAAUGAUGAAGAGGUGUCCGCGGAUGAAGAAUUUUCAGAUGAUGAGAAGGAGGCUGAGUACAAGAGAAUACUGAAAAUGAAAAAGAGGGGCACAAAUGACGAGAAAGUUGGAAACAAGAAGAAGGACAAAAAGAAAUUCAGAAAUCGAUCUCAGAACUCGAAAUGUGAGCAAGCUAUGAAGCCACCAGUCGAGCAAAGUCAAAAUCUCAUCCCACCUGUUACUGGUUCUUCCCAAGGACAGAGGUCAGGCAAUAGGACUGACUUAGUUCCUUCAUUUCAUCAUCCGCAACAGGCCCCUGCUUUUGCAGCGCCUUCAAGUGGAGUUUGGACUAAUAUAAUCCCAAAUCAGCAGCCCGGGAAUAUGGGCUUACCUAAUACUUUGCCAACAAUUGGCAUGCCAUGGCAACAACAAUGUCAUCCUCAGCAAAUGUUUCAAAUGCCUUUGCCUAAUGGAGUACCUUUACAACAGCAAUUCAAUCCAGGACCUCCUCAUAACUUUAUCUUGCCGUUUUUACAGCCAGAUUUUGGCACAGGGCAAGCGUUUGCACCUUGGCCGGCAUUGGGACAAAAUGGUUUCAAUCAACCACCAUUUGCUUUGGGGGGCUUACCAGGCCAAUUGGCACAUUUACCUUUCAACAUGGGAGGUCAGAUACCAGUUAACGUACCACAAGCAGGAGCCAACAACAAUUCACAUCCACCAGCUGCAGUUCCUGCUAUUAACAGUUCUCUGAACUUCAAUCAAGGCAAUAAUUUUGGUGGUGGCUGGAAUGCAAAUUUUCAGGGUGGUGGUAGUUUUGGACCACAAACAGGAGACAACAGCAAUUCACAACAACCUGCUGCAGUUCCUGCUAUUAACAGUUCUCUGAACUUCAAUCAAAGCAAUCAUUUUGUUGGUGGCUGGAAUGCGAAUUUUCAGGGUAAUGGUGGUUUUGGACCACAAACAGGAGACAGCAGCAAUUCACAACAACCUGCUGCAGUUCCCGUGAAUGGACCAGAAACAGGAGACAACAACAAUUCACAUCCACCUGCUAUUGUUCCAGGCAAUACUAAUGGUUGUCCGAACUUCAAUCAAGGCAAUCAUUUUGGUGGUGGCUGGAGAGGAAAUGGUCGGGGUGGUGGUGGCCGGUUUGGCCGUGGGAGAGGGAGAGGGAGGGCGCGACGUUAUUGAAGGUGAAAACAAAGUGCUUCCGUGGAGAAAAUUAGCACUAACUUUGGUUCUACAUAUAGCAGCUAAUUUCCAGAUUUUUUUCCCAUUCCCUCAUAGGUCUGGGUGUGUAUAGUGCUAGUUACUGUUUUAGUUUGCAUUAUAGGUUUUUUAUUUUUUGUCCCAAAGUUCCAAAUGUCUGCUUAUACGACCCUUUCUUUAGGUAAUUUGUUCUUCCAGUUUUGCUCUUAGGACUAAGUGAUUGGUUUAAUCAUCAAAAUGCUAGAUUUUGAAUCAACUUAUUGAUCUUAUGGUAUAUCUCA